AAGAUCCUACUUUUUACUGACAGCAUGCACGGACGGAUGAUCCCUUUGGAACGUUUUGGAGUCCACGAAUCGAACAUGUUAGAAUUAUCAAGUUUGUUUUUAAUAGCAAGUAAAACAAGCAGCCUUUGGGAUGGACGAACGUUGUGGAGACGUGGAUAAGCGGUGCAUCUGGCAAGAAAGAAGACCAGCGUGAGGGACGCAAAGACUCGCCAAAGCAGCGGGCCCCCAGUUGCGUGCACGUGUGAGCGAGGCCUCGGACGGGACGGCGAGCAAUGGCUCCCCGACAGCAGGUGGGCAGUAGGAGGCGGAGCUCUGGCUUCCUCCUCCUCCCCAUCCUCCUCUCCUUCGCGGUCCAGCCCAGCCGAGCAACCAUCCACUUUCCCUCCAACUACCACAUAAGUGACCUCAAGAAGCCUCCUGUUAUCACCACACAGCCCGAGUCUGUCACCGUCUUCAGCGUGGAAGAUCUCGUCAUGAUUUGCAAAGCCUCUGGAAACCCACCGCCCAUAUUCCGAUGGACGAAGGAUGGAGAGGAUUUCGACCCGGGCGCUGACCCGGAGCUGGAGGUGACGGAGCGCUUGGGUUCGUUUGCCUUCUACACCCUCAGCAACACGGUGGACUCCCUGAAGCAGUACCAGGGCAAAUACGUGUGCUACGCUUCCAACGAGCUCGGCACGGCCGUCUCCGACGAGGCCACGCUCAAAACUGAUGUCCCACCGUCUCAGCAGAAAGACAAAAAAGUCCAUGUGAAAUCUGAAGAGGGAAGCAGUAUUGUUCUCAAGUGCAACCCCCCGCAGAGCUCCAUGGAGCCCAUCAUUCACUGGAUGGACUGGCAGCUGCGUCACAUCCAACUGAGCGAGCGGGUGGUCGUGGGCAAGGAUGGUAACCUCUACUUUGCCCACCUGAAAACCACGGACAGCAGGAACGACUACACCUGCAAUGUCCAGUAUCUCGCAACUCGCACUAUCCUGGCAAAGGAACCUGUCACGCUGACCGUCAACCCCUCCAACUCAGUGGUGCGGAACCGAAGACCCCACAUGAUGAGACCUACUGGAAGCCACACCACUUACCAUGCACUCAGGGGCCAGACCAUCGAACUGGAGUGCAUCGUCCAAGGCUAUCCAACUCCAAAAGUAUCAUGGGUCAGGAAGGACGGCGAGAUGUCUGAAUCCCGGACUUCCAAAGAAAUGUUUGACCGCCGUCUGCGCUUCAGCAAUAUCUCCGAGAGCGACGCCGGCGAGUACCAGUGUCUUGCUGAGAAUUCCCAAGGAAAGCUCGUACACACUUACACCCUGACGGUGGAAGCCGGUCCUUACUGGACCAAAGAAACGGCCAGUAUGUUAUACGCUCCCGGUGAGAACGUCAGACUCGACUGCCAGGCGGAGGGCAUCCCUACUCCAGUCAUCACUUGGACCAUCAACGGAAUCCCGCUCUCAUCGACUGACAAAGACUCCAGACGCACUGUGACGCCAAGCAGCUCUCUCGUCCUCAAGGACGUGAAUUUCGGAGACACGGCCAUCUACCAGUGCAAGGCCUCCAACAAGCACGGAGCUAUCCUGUCAAACAUCAACGUUUAUGUCAUUGAGCUGCCUCCACAAAUCCUGACCGAGGACGGCAACACGUACACGGUGACCGAAGGCCAGAAGGUUUUACUGGAGUGUGACAGCUUCGGAUCUCCUAAACCAAAAGUCACAUGGACCAGUGGCAGUGCCUCCUCCCUUCUGGCUGAUUCCAGAAUGAACCCUCUCACCACAGGGGGUCUGGAAAUCUUCAAUGUCACACAUGACGACGAGGGCUUCUACACGUGCUCGGUGCAGAACACCAACCAGUCCAUCACUGCAGAGCUGGAGGUGCUCAACCGAACAGUGAUCCUGUCACCUCCGCAGGCUCUGAAGGUACAGCCUGGACAGACUGCCAUCUUCACCUGUCUCUCUCUUGUGGACCCCAAAUUGGCCUCUCCGCUUAUCCAGUGGAGAAAGAACGACCAGAAGCUGUUUGCAUCCGGCAAUGAUCUGAAAUACACAUUGGAAGGACCGGACUUGAUCAUCUCUGAUACCAAAGCUGACGACGAAGGCAACUACACGUGUCAGGUCAUCACAAAUCUGGACAUGGCCCAAGCGACCGGCACGCUCACUCUACACGAUCGUCCAGAUCCUCCUGGCCUUCUUCAACUUACGCAACCUAAAAGACGCGCAGUCAACCUCAGUUGGAUUCCCGGCUCUCAACACAACAGCCCCGUGAUAGAGUACGUGAUUGAGUUUGAGGAUCAGGUUUCAAACGAGCGAGGUUGGGAAGAGCUGAGCAGAAUACCGGGGGACAAGAACCACGCCAGUCUCUCUCUCUGGCCCUUCAUGUCGUACCGGUUCCGUGUCAUCGCCAUCAACGAGGUGGGCAAGAGUACUCCCAGCAAGCCAUCUGAAAUCUACAACACAGCUGCUGAAGCACCAGACAAGAACCCCGAAGAUGUCAGAAGCGAGUCCACCGACCCAGAUACGCUCGUCAUCACCUGGGAGGAAAUGGACAAACGGGACUUUAACGGACCUGACUUCAAGUACCGCAUCCUGUGGAGGCGGGUGGUGGGCAGCGGGCCCGACUGGCACCCCAACUACACGACUGAACCCCCGUUAGUUAUCAGCAAGAUCGGCAACUUCUCCGCAUUUGAGAUCAAAGUACAGGCUGUCAAUGAAAAGGGGGAAGGGCCUGAGCCCGAUCCCGUCAUUGGCUACUCGGGCGAGAACAUUCCACUGGAGGCCCCCAUGAAUGUGGGCAUUGCCACCCUGAACAGCACCGCCAUCAGGGUGACCUGGGCCGCAAUCGAAAGAGAGACGGUCAGAGGACACCUGCUGGGCUACAAGAUUCACUUGAGUCGAUUCGGCUCCCGGGGUCACCACAGAGCUCGAAGGGCAAGGGAGCUAUCGACCACUGUCAUUGUGGAGACCGGGGCCAACGAGGAGAGGAAGGUGAUCGGCAAUCUCCGACCGUACUCCCGCUACGGCUUGACCGUCAGCGUGUUCAACAGCAAAGGAGAUGGGCCGCCAUCGGAGAUGAUGUCCUUCGAGACCGAAGAAGGAGUUCCACAUCCGCCAACCUCUCUGGCGUUGGACAGUCCAUCUGAGACAGAAAUGACUUUGCGAUGGACACCGCCAAGUCAGCCCAACGGGAUUCUUAUUGGGUACCACUUGCAGUACCAACAAAUCGUGGAGAGUGACGACAGCCCGAUGCAGAUGGAGAAAAUCGACGAUCCCACAAUCAGCCACCUCACCCUGAAGGGCCUGGAUCGCCAUAGCCAUUACCGCUUCUACCUGAAGGGGCGCACUGCGGCUGGAGAUGGAGAAGCCAUCAUGAGGGAAGGUGCCACCACUCUGGAUGGAGUGCCUCCUAUGAACAUCAGCGUGUCUCCUGGAGAGAACUUUGUGAAUAUCAGCUGGGUGGCCAAGAAGCGCCACAGGAACGUUCCAUUCCAGAUCCAAUAUUUCAAGAAGAACGAUGCUGCUCGGAAGAAGACCGAGAGGGUGGACUCCUCGCAGCCCUUCUACCAGCUCCAGGGUCUAAGACCUGGUUCUCAUUACCAUCUGCACUUCAUCCACAGCAACGUCACCUUCUUUCAGACAGAAAUUGACACCGAGGGAACCGGUAUGACUGAGAUGCAGCCCAGCAUUGCGACCCAGGGAUGGUUCAUCGGCCUGGUCAGCGCCAUCGUCUUGCUACUGCUCUUACUGCUCAUCCUCUGCUUUGUCCGGAGGAACAAAGGGGGAAAGUAUUCAGUGAAAGACAAAGAGGAAGGCCCGAUGGACUCAGAAGCUCGACCAAUGAAGGACGAGACCUUUGGCGAGUACAGAUCUCUCGAAAGCGAUCUGGAGGAGAAGCGCACCGCCAGCCAGCCGUCUUUGUGCGAGGAGAGCAAGCUGUGCAGUCAGGACAACCUGAACUUCAACGGCAGCAGCGUGUUGACCACCGAGAUCAACCUGGAUGAGUCGCUGGCCAGUCAGUUCAGCCGGGGGCCCAGCGAGGGCCAAGAGGUGCCCGAUAACUCCCCGCUCAACGGCGCCGCCGCCGCUAACGGCCUGCCCAACCAAGCCACCAUCCUCGAUUGACCAUCCGCGGAGAACCGUCAAGACCAAAACAUGUCAACACAUACGUGCCCGUACGCUCCCGUUCCCCGUUGAGUAGUGUGACGACGCAAUCGACGUAACUGCUGCUGGUGUCGUCUGAUGGACUGGACUGUUUUGACCAAAGGCAUGUCCAAAAAAAGUAUUGGACCCAUGGGACAUAAAUCCGACUAACCCUGACAUGGAGGAAUCGGUGAUCCUUCUUCGUCUGUGUAAUGUAUAACGUAAAUGAUUAACUUUCAUCUCUCAUCUUGAUUUCUGACCUCAAAACCGCUUCAUAAAAUGGCAAAGAAGAAUGUGCAGAUGAAAUAAUAAUAAUAAUCAAAGGGGGCUGCGAACAGAGCAGCUGCAGACUGGAAGGGAAGCGUGAUGGGACGCAGCUGUCGUGCUACAUUUUCGUCAUUUAUUAUUUUUUAUAAUGAUUUCACACAAUGUAAGUGCCAGUGAUUUUUUUUUGGAUAAUUUUGUAUUCCAUUUUUAUGAGCUAAUCCCGUUUAUACGUCUAUAUUAGUCGUGCUCCGAUUGAGCGGCCGGAAAAGCCCGUGAUCGGCAUACGGGAUGUCGAUCAAUGCCUUUCAUGCCUUUCAAUGAUAAAUCAACCUGCGUGCAGUGCGGCGUCCCCUCCCCCUUUACCGACCAAACUCGUAAAAUAUGUUUGUGCGUUUUCUGCACUGGUAAUUUGAAAUAAUGUCGUGUUUUUGUAUGAGAAAAGAAUGAAAAUUUUGAUAUUUCUUUUCCCCCUGAUUCAUCAUUUAAUUGAAAUAUAAUUGAUAGAAAAUAAUCAUUAGUGAGCAACUCUAAAAUUGCAAAAAAUAUGCAGCUAAUCCAUGUCAAUCGGUAUCGGAUUAUUUUUCAUAUAUAUAUAUAUAUAUAUAUAUAUCCUUAUGGACAUAUUUCACGGAUUUGAGAUAAUUUGUCAGAGAACAUUGAAGUUACGAUUUCAUACAGUUUCAUAUCAUGACUAACUAACACACUAACAAUGCAUAAAGAGGAACUUGCUGUGAAAACGCUGACUAGCAUCUGGUGUAUAUAUUUGCAUCGACGUGUAAUCUAUUUAGCCAUAUUCCAGUAUUCUAGCUCCUGGUCCUUUACGCGUUCCUGUGCCUGCUGGGUUUUGCAUUGAGCACCUGAUUGAUGUCAUGACUCCAUCAUCAAGUGGAAUGUUGUGAUUGGAGAUGAGCUUGUAAAUUUUGUGUCAAGAUUUGUGUUGCUUUCUGUAUGUUGUCUUUGUCUCUUUCGACACUAUCACGCUCCGUGUUUUGUUUGAGAGGUGCAGCGCAGCAGCGCUUGCAGAUGAAAGGGGCGGAGUCUUGCGGGUAAACGCCAUACAAUCAAUCAUGCAGUUUAAGAUUGGUGAACUGACUGGCAAUCUGCAGAUAAUAAAGGCAAGUAGGUGGUGUUGAAAUCACAUCUUGAGAAUGUAUUUUUUUAAAUUACAUUUCAGGCCAUCAAUUACUCAUACCCUGAUGACAUUUUGAAUAAAAUUUGGUGAAUUUUUAAAUGGAAAUGCCACGUUAAGUGUCCCAAAAAAAGUGUGUUAAAAAAUAAUAAUUCUUUAAAAAAAAAAAAGAAAAUCUUUUUUUAAUGUUUUUACAAAAAUCCCCAAUAAUUAAUGCUGCUUUUUUUUUUCAAUGCAGAGCCUUGUUCUAACUUGAUAGAUUCAUAGUGGUCGGGCAUAUAUAUAAUUAAAAAUAAAAUCUAAAAAUAAAAUUAAAAAUAAAAUCAAAAUUUAACAUAACAGUAAUGUACUUCAAAAUUUUGCCAGGGUAUGAAUAACCGUGGGUUUUACUCUACGUGCUACAGAGGGCAACGUAGCUCGGCUACGGUGGCUGCAGGAGUUUAUUGCAGGAUCUUAAAAUGUAAAUACAGUCCAUUCUUGAAAAGAACCACAACCGCUUGAAAAUCUGCAGGUUUAAAAUUUCUGAGCGUCAUCUUAAAGCAAAACUGUCACUGUUCUUUGUAUCGUUGCUUUUGUUAUUGCCAUAUUACUGUCGUAAAAAUUUGGCUGUUCUGCAAAUUAAAAGAAGGUCAAAUAAAAAAGGGGAAAAGUCUGUAGAUGUUUGCCAAUUUAAUGCCAAAUUGUCAACUGUCUUGUGUUUUGUUUCGUGCCAACUGGCAAGUCACUCUUUUUGUUUGUCAUGAAAAGUAGGUUGCAGCAUGGUCAGUCGAUGCGACGAGACAGGAGAAGGCAAGGACAUGUCAGGCAAGUCUUGGUUAAGACACACACACAUACACACCCAAACACACUCAGGACAGAUCAGGAAAUGCUAAUGUCUGCCCACACCGUCCCGCCCCUCCAAAAAAAAAAAAAAAA